UGUACUCUACCAAAAAUAAAAGUUGAGUAACAGAGAGGCCUGUAAAAACCUAUUAGGCUAUACCAGAUGCAAAUUAGUGCUAAAUCCCUUAAACCCAAAUCGCUGUAAGAGCAAAAAAAAAAAUGGAAGAGAAGUUGAGCCACAUCGAAAAUCAGCAAUUAGAUGAUGAUGAUGAAGAAGAAGACGAGGGUCCACCGCCUGGUUUCGACUCUUUAGCUGUACCAUCGCAAAACACCAAUGUCGUCAUAGAUGAAGAUGAUGAUGAAGGACCACCUCCAGGUUGGCCAUCAAUUCCUCAGCAACACAACCUCCAGACUACUGAUGUAGAGAUGGGGAGCAAAGAACACAAAUCGGAAGAUGAUGAAGAUGGUCCGCCACCUGGGUGGAACACUGUAAUCUCACAGAAAAAAUUGCCAUCUUCACCGCCAACACUAGAAGCAGUUACUUGUGAUAUAGAAAUGGAGAAGAAAGAAGAAAUCAUUAAAAAUGAAGAUAAUGGUCCACCGCCGAUAUGGCAGUUGACCCCUAAACUGCCGGCGCUACAAACAUCUACACCACCAUCAGCGACACAAGGAGCUUCUCUUGAAGAUAUAGAAAUGGAGAAGAAAGAGGAAGCCGUUGAAGAUGAAGAUAAUGGUCCACCGCCAGGAUGGCAAUUGACCCCUCAACUACUGCCUCUACAGACAUCUACACCACCAUCAGGGAUACAAGGAGCGCCUCUUGCUGCUUUUGUAGACGUUGAAAUGGCGAGCAGCCAGGACUGUGAUGUUGAAAAGGAAGGACAUCCACUGGGAUCAGAAUCCGUUCCUAUGAAUGGACAUUCAUCACCGCCUACACCACCACUGCAGUCGUCAUCAUCGGUUGCUUCUUCUGAAAUGGAGAUGGGUCGCAAACAAGAAGGCACAAAGAAUGAGGAGGAAAGGCCCCAAAGUGAAAAGCAACCAAUGUCGCAUUUAGUACAGAUGAAACCUAUAGUGCCUCAAGCCUCAUCACAUGCUGCAACAGUUUCUUCCGAAAUGGGUCAGAUGGUAUGUGGUGGUUGCCGACAGUUACUUUCUUAUUCACAAGGGGCUAAAUUGGUGAAGUGUUCAUGCUGCCAGACCGUCAAUCUUGUGCUAGAAGCUCAUGAGGUUGGACAAGUUAAGUGUGGGGGUUGUGCAGUGCUGCUCAUGUAUCCGUAUGGGGCGCCAUCAGUUAGAUGUUCCUCUUGUCGUCACAUGACAAAAAUUGGGGCCCACAACAGACGACCUCCUCAGUCAGUGCAACAGCCUCGAAGAAGACAUCCUUCCUACCAAGUUCAUUAGCUUCCUUAUCUCGAUCUGAUUUUGGGGAAUCCAUCAUGUAGAUGCAUUGUUUAUAUGAAACUUCUGGGCUAGUUAGUUGACAUCAGGGUACUGCUUGCUUCAUGGCUUUGGCAUUUCCCUUGGCUUUGUAACAUCUUUACCGUAUCAGAAAUCUGUGACAAUCUUUACCGUAUCUGGAUGUUGGUGACACUAGUUUUGGUAGUUUAGUUUCGCCUCAUCGAGCUCAGGAAACCGAUUAAUCAGUAUGCAAUUUAUAAGAGUGAGGACCGAGGACUUUAUUGCUCUCCUUAAUUUUGCAAUGAUAUCUCCAUGUCUUAUUACUUCUAAUAUUGCACAAUGAUUUUUCUAUAUAUUUUGAAGUUAAUAUCAA